AUGAGGAUGACUUUCUCGAAGAAGAACAUCAUUCAGAAUCAGAAUCACAAUCAGAACAAGAAGAACAAUCCUAUCCGUCUAUCUAGAAAGCAAAAAUCACAAGAAGAACCAGAAAGUGAUGAACAAGAAGAAGAGAGUGAUGAAGAAAAAAAACAAGUGACUGACGAAGAAGAAGCUGAAGAAGAAGAAACUGAAGAAGAAGAACCUGAUGAACAACAAGACAAUGAUGAAGCAGAAGAAAGACAAGAAGCAAAAUGUGAUCAACCAAAAGACACUGAUGAAGAAGAACAACAACAACAAACAAACCAACAACAAGAAGUCAAUGAACAAGAACUGACAAACCAACAAGAAGAACUCCAAGAGAAAUCUGACAUAUUUCAUGCACAAGGUCAUGACCAAGCACAAACACCAACCAAAGAGGACGACAAGGACAAGCUCAUAUCAGCCAUGAGAGCACAAAUGCAAGAUAUAGAACAAAAAUUCAUGGCUGAAUUGCGUAAAAAAGAAGAUCAAUUGAAGGAAAUGUCCACCAAAAAAACUGGCAGUCCCCAACAAAGAUCAAUGGUCAUUGAUGCCUUCUCAGAAAAGCAAUUGGCACUCCAACUAACCAUUGAAGAAUUUGAGAAAAAUGAUCUAGCCUUUGCAAGAAAUCCAUACGCGGGAAGAUCUUACGUUUUCUCAACACUCAUCAAUCAACAACAUCAACUGAGAUGGAAUAAAGCAUUACUCAGCAAUCAAGGAAACAUGUCAUCAUCUCAAGAGUGCGAGACAGUAAUUGCAUCAAUUGAGGAAUGCCUACAACAAACCCCACACUCGAAUGAUUGUGCAAUCGCCGUCUGCAAUAUUAUCAACCAAUAUAUCAACUGGCAACCUGUGCAGAAAUCACUUCGACCAACUGAGUGGGUCAAAUUUCGAGCAGAAAUCGUCAGUCAAUUCCUCAAUGAUGAAAUCCGAUCUUGGAAAGUCGAGCACUACCAAAUUACUUUAUAUACUUUUGGGAAUGAUCUUCUUCUGGUUAUUAUGAUGAAAAUGAUUGUUGUCAUUGAUGUUAUUAUUGCUCUUCUUCUUGUUAUUAUUAUUGUGCUUUUUCAUCAGGUUGUUUCUAAUAAUUCUUAA